AUGAGCACUGAACUCCAACAGGUCCAAAAAGUGUGGGAGCGUACUCGCCCAAUAAGCCCCAUAUAUGAAUUUCUUUUAAGUGAGAUUGAAAUCUAUGAGGCUGAAAAGGGCCUUGUCCGAGCUCGACUUCAAGUUGGUCCUCGCCAGCUCAAUUCUAAGCGCACCCUCCAUGGUGCUUUCUCGGCCUGUGUGACUGACUGGGCCGGUGGAAUGGCUAUUGCUUCUCACGGAUUGGACUCUACCGGGGUCAGCACAGAUAUUCAUGUUAAUUACCUCUCCACCGCCACCGAUGGUGAUUGGCUUGAAAUUGAAAGUCGGGCCAACAAAGUCGGCAAAACUCUUGCUUUCACAACCGUGACAAUUUCCAAAAGGACCGAGGAAGGUCUUGCGAUUGUGGCUCAGGGUUCGCACACCAAAUAUGUGCGAGCCAGAUAG